GUGGCAAUCAAAGCCACAUAAGAUCCUUAUCUACCCGAAGACCACUGGGCUUGGAGUUGACUUUGUUAUAUUCCGGCGAAUUUGGUUUUCGUAUCUUCCGCCGGCCGCCGGUAGAAGGUGUGCGCUACCACAGUUUAUCAUCAAAAUUUUGAGAAUCAACAAAUCCUUACUUCAAUUAAACCUCAAAAUCAUUGCCCAGCAUGCUUACCUCAAUCCAAAUCUUCACACUCUUCGUCUUCACUUUCCCCUUAUAUGGAGACUCCCAACCCAGUAGCAUCAUUUCUGAAACAUCAAUUCUUGUUGAUUUAAAGAAGCACUUUUCAAACCCACCAAACAUCUCCCACUGGACUUCUUCAUCAGACCACUGUAACUGGCCGGAAAUUACCUGCCGAAACGGCGUCGUCACCGGUAUUCAGCUUGGUUGGCUAAUGAUCAAUGACACAAUCCCACCCUUCAUCUGCGACCUCAAAAAUCUCACUCUUCUUGAUCUCAACCACAACCUAAUCCCUGGGCCAUUUCCUAAAUUUCUGUACAAUUGUUCAAACCUUGAAAACUUGGACCUUUCUUUUAACAGCUUCAGUGGCAUCAUCCCUAAUGAUAUUAACAAGCUUUCACCUCGUCUCGAGGUUCUUAAUCUGUCUGCUAAUUGGUUCGUGGGUGGCAUUCCAGCUGGAAUUGGAGGCCUAAAAGGUCUAAAGGAGCUUCAGCUAGCUGGAGUGGUGUCAAAUGGCUCAUUCCCUUCAGAGAUUGGCAACUUGUUGAAUCUUGAAGUUCUUGUUCUGAGCCAGAAUAGUUUCUCACCACAGGAAAUUCCACCUAGUUUUACCCAGUUGAAGAAACUGAGACACCUCUGGAUGAAAGAGGCCAACUUGAUUGGCAAAAUCCCGGGAAAUAUCAGCAGCUUGGAAGCCCUAGAGUUCCUGGAUUUAAACACAAAUGACUUGAGUGGAAACAUUCCCAGUGACUUGUUUCUGCUCAAGAAUUUGACCACGAUUUUCCUCUACAAGAACAGAUUGUCAGGGCCUAUUCCUCGUCCAGUUAUGGCAUUGAAUUUGGAGGCAAUUGAUUUUUCUAAUAACAGCUUGACAGGGAGCAUUCCAGAAGACUUCGGAAAGAUGACAAAGUUGGAGGGAUUGACCUUGUUCAUGAAUCAAUUAUCAGGCCAAAUACCAGUAGGCAUUGGUAGAUUGCCAGCAUUGUCGAUUGUUAGUCUCUUCAUGAACAAUCUGUCGGGUGAACUCCCACCAGAUUUUGGUCGAUUUUCAAAGCUUCAACUCUUUGAUGUUUCCACAAACCAUCUUACUGGAUCACUACCAGAUGGUUUGUGUGAUAAUAAGGUGUUGUAUGGCAUUUAUGCUUUUAACAACAAUCUUACGGGCGAGUUACCAAAAUCAUUUGAGGAUUGCAACACCUUGAAAGGAGUCAGGGUUGAGAGAAACAAUCUUUCUGGUACAAUUCCUGAUGGGUUGUGGACAGCUAGGGAUUUGACAAGGUUGGUGAUUAACAAUAACCAGUUCACUGGUCAACUGCCACAAAAGGUGGCAUCAAAUUUAUCUCUAGUUGAUAUCAGCAACAAUCGAUUUUCGGGUGAAAUUCCACCUGCAAUCUCUUCUUGGAGCAAGCUAGAUACCUUCAGGGCAAGCAAUAAUCUGUUGACAGGUAAAAUUCCUCAAGAACUCACGGCUCUUAGAUCUUUAUCAGUCCUUAUGCUUGAUGGGAAUAUGCUUUCUGGAAAUUUUCCUUCAAAUAUUAUAUCUUGGAAGUCAUUGUCCACAUUGAUAUGCAGUAGAAAUCAGCUUUCCGGUACCAUCCCUCCUUCACUAGGUAUAUUACCAAACCUUAAUCAACUUGACCUGUCUGAAAACCAAUUCUCCGGGGAAAUCCCACCUGAAAUAGGCCGUUUGAAGCCAACUUCACUCAAUCUGUCCUCCAAUCAUCUCUCGGGGAAAAUCCCUGAUCAAUUUGAAGUUGCAGCUUUUCAAAAGAGCUUCUUGAAUAAUCCUGGUCUCUGUGCUACUACGCCCUCAUUAGGCCUCAGGGAUUGUGGGGCAAAAACUGAGAAAUCCAACAAGAUUUCAGCCAAACUUAUUGCCAUUUUAGGAAGUAUAGCAGCAUUUUUAUUUCUAGUGGCUGUUUUAUAUAUGGUGUAUGUGUUCAGAAGUUACAAGAAAAGAAAACAAGCAUUAUUGGUUCAAGAUUGGAAGCUCACACCAUUCCACACUUUAAGCUUCACAGAAUCGAACAUUAUACCAAAUUUAGCAGAGAAAAAUGUGGUCGGUAUUGGUGGAUCAGGGAAAGUUUAUGUUGUGCCCUUAAGUAUUGGAGAAAAAGUUGCUGUUAAGAGGAUUUGGAACAACCACAAGUUGGACGAGAUGCUUGAGAAGGAGUUUCAAGCAGAAGUUGGGAUACUGGGCACAAUUCGUCAUUCCAACAUAGUGAAGCUUUGGUGCUGCAUUUCAAGUGAAGAAUCAAACCUGCUUGUUUAUGAAUACAUGGAAAAUCGCAGCCUGGAUCUUUGGCUUCAUGCAAAGAGAAGAUCACCCGAACAGUUCCUGGAUUGGCGUACAAGGCUGCACAUUGCAAUUGGUGCAGCUCAAGGGCUGUCUUAUAUGCAUCACAACUGCUCACCACCAAUUGUUCAUCGAGAUGUGAAAUCCAGCAAUGUUCUUUUAGAUUCAAUGUUCAAUGCCAAGAUUGCAGAUUUUGGGCUCGCCAGAAUAUUGAAGAAGCAUGGAGAUCCCAACACAGUGUCCACCGUUGCUGGCUCCUUUGGCUAUAUAGCUCCUGAGUAUGCACAUACUAGCAAACUGAACGAGAAGAUUGAUGUGUAUAGUUUCGGAGUGAUCCUUCUUGAGCUGGUGACAGGAAGAGAGCCGAAUGAUGGAGAUAUGGAUUGGUGCCUGGCAGACUGGGCACGAUACCAUGUUCAAGAAGGACGUCCAAUUGUGGAUGCUCUAGAUGAGGAAAUCAAGGAGGUAGAGAACAUAGAUGAGAUGUGUGGAGUGUUCAAGCUAGGGAUAUUCUGCACAGGUGCAAAUCCAGCUAAAAGGCCUACCAUGAGAGAGGUGUUGCAGAUCCUCCUCCAUUGCAGCCCUCUAACAGGAAAUGGAAAAGAAAUAAGUGUUAGUGAGCGCGAUGUUUCACCGCUGCUUAAGAGGUCUAGUAGUGAAGGGGCAUUGGAAGAUGAAGAUCGUUUGAAGCCAUUUGUUGUAGUUGAAAAAUAGAAGAUAUAAAUAGAAUGGAUUCAGAAUCGAGGUCAGCAUGCAAGCUGCAGCAGAAAGAUGCCAACAGUGACGUUUUUAAAAGGUUGGGCAAGGAUCUGGUGUUUGGACUGUCCUUGAAUAGUCCUGUGGAAAUUGCUCAAUCAUGCACUGCCAUCUCAGACUUUAUUGAAGAUUUGAAGUACAUCAAGUUCGGUGAUGCUGUGAGCCGUGAAAGUGCGUGGGAGGAUUAUAUUUUCUGUGGGAGCCUAGCUAUGUUUUUUGAGGUGAUGACAGAAACACGCAGUCACUAUCCGAGGGUGUUUACUUGGUAAACCCCGCAUUGUGACCCUAGCUAGCAAAGGACUACAAGGAGGUAAACUAGCCUAGGUUGCCCAUUGCUGAUCGGUUCAAAUCAAGAGGGCUGAGAUUCAAACUCGUGACCUUGUAGUUACAAGUUUGUACCCUUAGCUAUUGUUGGCAUGAGAGGAAUAAGUUUUUUGUAUGAUCUUGACGCGAGUUGCUCUAUAUCUGGCGGAAAGAAUGAUUUAGCGAACUUUAUGAUGAAGCUCGAACAUGGAAGUCUCGAUGAACUCGGAAAAAUCAAAAGUCUUAAGGUGAAUGUUGAUGGGAAAUGUGAAUGUUAGAGGUUAGUCACUUAGUUGGGUGUUAGGGUGGAAUGGAUCUAUGGUUUUUAAUUAAGUAUAGAAUGUGUAAUGUUUUGAGUCUUAUAGUCAAGUUUUAGAACUAUUCAUUAUGACUUGUUGAGUUGGAAUAAGGGAUUUCAUUUUGUAGUGGAGAAGGUUGCGAAGAGAGGGAACAACAAAGACCAUAUCUACAUCUCAUUAAUGUUAUUAUGGAGCUUAUUAUAGAAAUUAAUCAUGACUAUUGGGAGACUAAUAGGUCUGAUAAUUGGUUGUCAACGAAUUUUGAGUUCACAGAUUGUGUCCACUUUUUUGUUGGCUAAUGUUAUUGUAGUCGCUCUUCCAUAUGUUUUGUAGGGUUAAUCUACUUGCUUAGUUUGUUUCUGGAGUUUAGAAAAAAGAAAGAAAGAAAGAAAGAAAGAAAGAAGGUAGAAUAGUUAAGAGGAAA